GACGGGUAAUAACCGGAAAAGCAUGACAUGAGUCCUUUAAAAUAGCAGUUUUUACUCCCGGUGAGCGGAUUUUGAGGAAUUUAGGGUGGAGUUUAAAGUUUAAGGGGACUCAAAACAGCCUUUUUGGAUCCUAAAUGUGUCAGAAAUAGAUUUGUAUGGCAGUAUAUUCAGAUGUAUGGACCCCCAGCAGGGGCAGGGAUGCUGGAAUAGCUCAAUACAGGGAAACUAUAUUCAACACAAAGCCAUUUAGGGGUUUUAGAGGAACAGUGUGGAAAGAUCAAAUGGUAAUGAGCAUGUUAAGAAUUGGACAGCAUUCCUAAUAGUACACUUUGAGCAAAGAGCAGGAAACAGUUGAACAUGUUGUCCUCCUGCAGGAAAAAUACUCAGCAAAGACAGGAAAUGAUGACAAGGCUAAGGAAAGUGGGAAGAGUUGGAAGUAUAUUGGAUUGUGGAGAACACUCAGAGGAGGGAAACUGGUCUGGUGGACAGACUUCAAGGGAAGGAACAGUAACAUCCAGAAGGAGGCAGCAAUGAUCCUGUGGAUGCAAACUGUCGUAAAGCACCGAAGAAGAACCCCGUGGAGCUAACUGAAGCUACUGGACGUUUAAAAACUGUCAAAACGUUCAGACCCUUUUAACCAGUUGUUUCAUUGGCCCUUUUCUGAAAACUACGUACACGGCGUGAGGAGAGGUCCGGCUUCAGGAGCAGAGCACGAGGAGAUGAAUGGGGGCAAAGCAGAACCACGAGGAGAGGAUGAUGAUGAGGAGGAGCCUCCUGCUGAAGACACCAAGACCACCAAAAAGAGACGCCCUCCCCCCAAACUCGUGCACAAAUGUUUGGUAUGCAGCCGCAUGUUCUGCCGGCCCUCUCGGCUGGCGGAUCACAUGACCCUGCACACCGGGGAGAAACCGCACGGCUGCUCCGUGUGCGAGAAGAGUUUCGCCAAUAAGACCAGCCUCGCUCAUCACAAGCGCGUUCACACCGGGGAGAAGCCGUACUCCUGCGAUGAAUGCCACGCCUGCUUCCGCCUGUACAGCUGCCUGGCGCGCCACCGGAUGCAGCACAGCGGGGAGCGCCCGCACCGCUGCUCCACCUGCGGCCACGGCUUCUUCCGCCGCCGGUACCUCCAGGAGCACGAGCGCACGCACACCGGAGAGAGGCCUUUCUGCUGCACGCUCUGCCCCAAAACCUACCCUUCCCGGGCGUCGCUCAAAGAGCACCAGUGGCAACACAGAGAGGGCAGCAGCUGCUCCGUCUGCGGGAAGGACUUCCCCACAGCAGGCUCCCUCCGCAAGCACAUGAGGGUGCACGCCACCAAUUACACUAAAACACACCAAUGCACGCUGUGCAGCCGCAGCUUCAGCAGACCCUGCCUGAUGAGGAAACACCUGCUGACUCACGACCUGCAGACUCGCGACCUGCAGACUCACGACCUGCAGACUCACGACCUUCAGGAGGCAGAGGUCAUCCCAGCUGCAGCCAACAACGAGUUCUGGUUAAACGUAAAGACUGAAGAGGAAGAGGAGGAGGAAGUUCAGAUGAUGAAGAUCGAGGAGGAGGGUCUGAACGAGCAGGACUCGGAGGAGCUUUCUCCCGCAGAGUCCAGACCGCAUGUCCAUGACGACGCCUCACGGCCAAAAGAGGAAGAGGAGGAGGAGGAAGAGGAGGGC